AUGAGAGUCCUGGUUCGACUCGAGCUGGGGCUGCUGCUGUCUGUGCUGACGGUGACGGUGACCGUGAUGGCAGCUCAGCCAGCCCGGCUACUGGCCUUGCUGUCCUCAGGCCAGGGUGCUCUGGACCCUGUGGUGCUGGGCAGCCUGUUAAAUACACUGGCGGACCGUGUGCACUGCGCCAACGGGCCGUGUGGAAAGUGCCUGACUGUGGAUGAUGCGCUGGCCCUGGGCAGGCCUGAGAAGCCAGGGCUCCCCGGGGGGCCAGUCCUAGAGCACAGGCACAUCGCCCGCUUCAGUGCUGCUGUCGCCCUCUACCUCAGUGACCCCAAGGGCACAUGUGCAGAUGUCCAGGCUGGACGCUGGGCCACCCGUGCUGACCAUCUCUUGGCCUUGUUGAAGGGCCCCAAGGCCCUGGCCCCAGGCCUGGGCAGGCUGCUGCAAAGGAUUCAGGCCCAGACUUCUGGCUGCCCUGACUCUCCCCCGCCCCAGGCCUGUGUGGACCUGCCUCAGCUGCUGGAGGAGGCAGCAGGGGCAGGAUCUCCCGGUGACCCUGGCCUGGUCCUGGCCACCCUGGUGGACCACGUCAGCAGUGGGGCCUGUUUCCACGCCCUGCCAAGCCCCCAGUACUUUGUAGACUUUGUGUUCCGGCAGCACAGCGGCGAGACGCCCAACAUCACACUGACUGAGCUGGAGGCCUUGAUGCAGCGCCUGGGGGUAGGCAGAGUGGCAGAGUCACACAGUGACCACAGUCAUCUGGGAAAGGGCGCCAACCACCAGGGCCCUGUGCCCACUAUGACCCCUAACAGCAGCUCCGACAUGUGGGACACAGUAUGCCUAAGUGCCAGUGAAGUGAUGGCGGUGUAUGGGCUGUCUGAGCAGGAUGGGGUGACUCCAGAGUUCUGGGCUCAACUGAGCCCGGCCCUGCUCCAGCAGCAACUAAGUGGGGCCUGCAGCCCCCAGCCCAGCACCCCCACCCAGGACCAGCUCAGCCAGGUGGAAAGGUACCUGUACGGCUCCAUAGCCACGCUGCUCAUCUGCCUCUGCGCCAUCUUUGGCCUCCUGCUUCUGACCUGCGCCACCUACAGCGCUGCCUCCCACUAUGUCAUCCAGGCCUUCCUGAGCAUGGCUGUGGGCGCGCUCACUGGGGACGCCAUCCUCCACCUGACACCCAAGGUGCUGGGGCUGCACUCGCACAGCGGGGAGGGCCUUGGCGCACAGCCCACCUGGCGCCUUGUGGCCGUGCUGGGUGGCCUCUACACCUUCUUCCUGUUUGAGAACCUCUUCAACCUCUUACUGCCCCUGGACCCUGAGGACUCCAGGGAUGGGCCCUGCAGCCACAGCCACGGCGGACACAGCCACGGCGUGGCCCUGCAGCUAGCCCCCGGCGAGCUCCGGCAGCCUAAGCAGCCCCACGAAGGCUCCCGCGCAGACCUGGUGGCAGAGGAGAGCCCGGAGCUGUUGAGCUUGGAGCCCCGGAAACUGAGCUCAGAGCUGAGGCUGCUGCCCUAUGUGAUCACGCUGGGCGAUGCCUUGCACAACUUCGCCGAUGGGCUAGCCGUGGGCGCCGCCUUCGCCUCCUCCUGGAAGACCGGGCUGGCCACCUCGCUGGCCGUGUUCUGCCACGAGGUGCCACACGAACUAGGGGACUUCGCGGCCCUGCUGCACGCGGGGCUGUCGGUGCGCCGGGCGUUGCUGCUGAACUUGGCCUCAGCGCUGACUGCCUUCAUCGGCCUCUACGUGGCGCUAGCGGUCGACGUUGGCGAGGACAGUGAGACUUGGAUCCUGGCGGUGGCCACCGGCCUAUUCCUCUACGUGGCGCUCUGCGACAUGCUCCCGGCCAUGCUGCACGUGCGGGACGAGCGGCCCUGGCUCCUCUUCCUGCUGCACAACAUGGGCCUGCUGGGCGGCUGGACCGUCCUGCUGCUGCUGUCGCUAUACGAGGACAAAAUCACCCUCUGAUGUCCACCCCUCUACGCUCCGGCCCUUGACGCUGGCUGCUGGCCCUGGGCUAUCCCAGCUCCUUGGGCCUGCUAGCCAGUGUGGAGCCUGCAGCUGGGUCCCCAGAGAGCCCCUGCCAUUUCAGUCUCCCUCCCACAUGUCUCAACACCCCUAUUCAAUAAACAUAUUCUUGCC